AUGAUCACCAUGGCAGGGAUUAAGGCUGUUCCAACGCAUAGCAUGUUGGCGGGGGCUGUGCUUUUGUUGGUUGCCGUUCUCGAAGGCAGUACAGUGCUGGGGAGCAAGGCAGACGGUGCCGCUCCCGCUACAAACACAUGCACGAGCAGUGCCGGCGGAGGCGGCAUAUCCGUGUCAGUGGACGCCGAAACCAAGUCGGUUUCAUUUGUCUGCGCCACAGAGGUGAGCAAGGUCCAGCCGGGGUCAACAGAAAGUGAAAACGUCACCCAGUGUUACAUGAACAGUGACCCCAGCGUAGUGAAGAGAUUGGAGGAUCUUUUCGGCAUAGGCUCGCAAGCUAUUGUCACACCUACAGGGGAUCCCAAGGCCGGAUCGAAAGUCGCGCUGACGCUGGGAAAGCUCCCUCAGCGAACGACGGCCAUCUACUUCGAAUGCAAAGCGGCAACGGAUGCUCCCGUUGGAUCGAAUCCAGGAGUGGGAGGCGUCGGUGGGGUUCGAGCCCAGGCCGGUGCAAAAGAACCCGAAGCAAAAUGCCUCGUCACAGUGACAGUUCCCGCUGAUCCAGCUGCCCACACCUGCACUGUGGAUAAGGGAAACCUGGAGCUGGAGAUCACCAGCGAAUCCAAGCGCGUUUCGUUCCACUGCGACACGAACGUUGCCACGCUGUCUCCUGAAGAAUUUUCAGAUAAGAUAUUCGAUGAGUCAUGCGAGAAAGAAGUGACUCUUUCAGAAAAGCUGCCAACUGCCAUGGUGUCCCAAGGGAGCUCAGGCUACUCGCUCAUUGUAGAUGAGUUGCCUGAGACUGCCGCCACGUUCUGUUACAAGUGCUCCGCAGCUUCUGCGCCUACCCAGAAGGGCGCGUCCGGACAGAGCCAGAAUGCAAACGCAUGCACUGUGAAGGUAAAGGUUGCAGCCGCUAAUUUCGCCAGCGGUUCUUUUUCCUCCGUCACAACAGGGUCAGUUCCUACUCUCAUUUUGGGGUUAGCUGCUUCAUUAGUCUUCGCUGCGGUCGCUUUUUGA